AUGACGACUCCUAACUCCGGUGAACAGCAGCCAAAGUGGACGGCGUCCCUAACGAAGCUACUCGCGAAUCUCAUAGUCGGUCAAGUCCUUAAAGGAAACAGAGUGAACAAUUCCUUGUCUAAUAAAGCUUGGAACUUUAUAACCGAUGAGUUUUACAAAAGAAGUGGCCUCAAAUGGGAUAAAGAACAUCUCAAGAACAGAUUCGCUGUCCUCAGACGCCAAUUCGCAGUCGUCAAGUUACUUCUAGCUCGUGAUAAUUUCGUUUAUGAUGAAUCUAGUGGUUCCAUUAUCGCCACUGAUGAAGCUUGGGACGAAUGUCUAAAGGAGUAUCCAGACGCAGAGGCUAUAAGAACAGAUGGUUGUCCAAUUUACAAGCAGCUCUCUCAGAUAUUCGCAGAAGAUCCCAUGACAAACGGGAAACAUGAAACGAUGCCUCCUUACUCUGCUCAUCUCGAUGAACCUGUGUUGCCUCAAGCUAAAACAGAAUACGAUGAUGCCGCUGCAGUGAUUCCUCCUGCUGCCAAGAGGAGGCGUGGUAGGGGCGUGGAGGCUGCUAUUGCCAAUGCUAUAUUCGAAAUGGCGGAUGCAUCGAAGCUACGGACUAUUGUUUUCACGCAGCUUACGAGCAGGUUCUCUCUUGCCGAGUGUAUCAGAGAGCUGGAUCAGAUCCACGGCUUAGCAGAGAACGUCUAUUUUGCGGCGCUUGACUUCUUCAAUAACCCAAGUGCAAGGGAGACAUUCUUGUCGUUGAAACCUGACAUGCGCUUGGCUUGGCUUCAAUGGAAAUGUAAUGCUGCAUCCCGUACUUCCUAG